UUUCCCUCGCGAGCUUGCAUCAUCAGGAUUCAAGUCAGGGUAUGUCCGUCAGGCAAGGCAUAGCAGGCCCUCUGCCAUGUACAGCACAAGGGCCCUCCCACUAACGCACACUAGACCCAAACAUCUAACCGCAUAAAAUCCAAAGCAUAAAAAAAUAUGUCAGACAACGGUGAAGAAGUUCCCCAGGAGGAGGUUGCACAGGCUGUCGAUGAAGUCGAAGUGUCUGCCGAUGCACCCAAGGGCAAGAUGUCUGUGGAGGAUGCUCUUAAGGAUGUCUUGAAGCGUGCCCUUGUCAAUGACGGUCUUGCACGCGGUCUCAAGGAGUGUGCCAAGGCACUCGACCGACGACAGGCACACUUGUGUGUUCUCUGUGAGUCGUGCGAUGAGGAGGCUUACACCAAGUUGAUUGAGGCCUUGUGCGCUGAGCACAAGAUCAACCUCAUCAAGGUCGGUGACAACAAGAAGCUCGGCGAGAUGGCCGGUCUCUGUGUGCUCGACCGUGAGGGUAACCCCAGAAAGGUGGUUGGCUGCUCGUGUGUCGUUGUCAAGGACUUUGGAGAGGACUCUGAGGCUCUUCAGGUCUUGCUCGAGUACUUCCAGUCUCAAUAG